AAAUUUAAAUAUUCUUAAACCAAACCUCUUGCAUGCGGAAUAGACGAAAAAUACCCUUAUAUUACACGCAUGAGUCGACGAUUUUCAAUAGGCUUAAAGUAUUUAAAGCGUUCGAAUAUAAAAUAUUGUUUUGUUAUUUAUUUUUUAAAGAUUAAAUUUACAUCGCCAUUUAACCUUUGCAUAUUUAAUACAUUAGACGUCACUAGACUAUACUUUUUCGGACUUUUAUUAAAAUAAUUCAUAAACUUUUUCAUUAUUUCAAAAAAAAAUUAAAUUUCCCGUCGAAAAAACAGUGUUAAAAACCGACAAUAAAUAAUUAAACAAAUGCGACAAAUCUAGACUUAUGCAAAAAAUCUAAAUCUUGAAUUGUUUUAUUGUUUUUAUUUUACUUCUUCAUGAACUUGUUUUUUUCAACCACUAUUUACUUGAGUCCAAGUUAGUGUAAUUUGCACACAACUUGAACGCACCAAGGGUUCCAGAGCGCUCUGCUAUUGAACAUCAUGACGUAGCUGUGUGUCUCUGUCGGUCAUGGAAACGGUACGCCCUAGUUACCGCAAGAUUACAAGAAGAGGGGUUGUCGUCUCGGAAAUUUUCCGUCGCUCCUGAAAGGACAAAGUAUGAGAGAGAUUGUGCAUAUACAGUGCGGACAGUGUGGGAACCAGAUUGGUGCCAAAUUCUGGGAAGUUCUGUCAGACGAACACGGAAUCGAUCCAACAGGCACAUAUCAUGGCGACUCUGAUCUGCAACUGGAGCGAAUCAACGUCUAUUUCAACGAGGCGACGGGCGGCAAGUAUGUUCCCCGGGCGGUCUUGGUCGAUCUGGAACCAGGGACGAUGGACAGCGUCCGGUCUGGACCAUUUGGACAGAUCUACCGCCCUGACAACUUCAUCUUUGGCCAGUCGGGAGCCGGAAACAACUGGGCCAAGGGCCACUACACAGAAGGCGCGGAACUUUGUGACUCUGUCUUAGACGUCAUCAGGAAGGAAGCUGAGAGCUGCGACUGUCUGCAAGGCUUCCAGCUGACCCAGUCUCUGGGCGGCGGCUCCGGCUCUGGUAUGGGAACUCUAGUGAUCAGCAAAGUCCGCGAGGAAUACCCUGACCGUAUCAUGAGCACAUACUCCAUCGUGCCGUCACCCAAAGUUUCCGAUGUCGUAGUUGAGCCGUACAAUGCAACUUUGUCAGUCCAUCAGCUGGUAGAAAAUACGGAUAUGACGUAUACGAUUGACAACGAGGCUCUUUACGACAUUUGCUUUCGAACAUUAAAGUUGACCACGCCCACCUACGGGGAUUUGAACCACCUGAUCUCGGCAACCCUUUCUGGCACAACUACCUGUCUGCGAUUCCCCGGCCAGCUCAACUCAGAUCUGAGGAAACUGUGCGUAAACAUGGUGCCCUUCCCUCGCCUGCAUUUCUUCAUUCCAGGAUUCGCCCCACUCACUUCUCGUGGCUCACAGCAGUAUCGUGCCAUCACAGUCCCUGAACUGACCCAACAGAUGUUCGAUGCCAAGAAUAUGAUGGCAGCCUGCGAUCCCAGACACGGUCGCUACCUGACAGUGGCCUGCAUAUUCCGUGGUCGCAUGUCGAUGAAAGAGGUGGACGAACAGAUGUUGAACGUACAGAACAAAAACUCGUCCUACUUUGUGGAGUGGAUCCCUAGCAACGUGAAAACUGCCGUCUGUGAUAUUCCACCACGGGGUCUCAAGUUGGCAUCGACCUUCAUCGGCAACACAACGGCCAUACAGGAGCUUUUCAAGCGGGUCGCUGAGCAAUUCACAGCCAUGUUCAGGAGAAAAGCUUUCCUCCACUGGUACACGGGGGAGGGCAUGGAUGAGAUGGAAUUCACGGAAGCCGAGUCGAACAUGAACGACCUCGUCUCAGAGUACCAGCAGUAUCAGGACGCCACGGCGGAGGAGGCAGGAGAAGCAGAGGAGGAAGAGGAAGAGGAGACGGCAUAGUCUGAAGGAGCUCGGGUCGGGAGAGAGUUAAGCCCCUUGGUCAAGCUGCAGGAGGAGGGUGGGUGGGGGCGUUCCCUCCCCUCCCUGUCAUAGACUGUCUGGUGCCAUCUCACGUUGGUCGCAGUGCUUUGAAUCAUUUGGAACUGCUAAUUGGUUUGAAACGGGCAAGUUAAUCAAGGGGCUUGAUUCUAAGAAAGAAGAAAAAAAAACAACACACCCUCUCGAAAUGUUACAACUUUUUGGUUGCGAAACGCAACUCAGCAAUGUUCACCAUCAUAGUCAAUAUUAGGUCAUAGGUUAAAAGGUCAAUAUUAUGUCAUAGGUUAAAAGGUCAACUGGUUUCAACAUGGAGUGAAAGGAAGUUUGUAUUUACAACUGAAGUUUUGUGUCUCAUAUAUUUUUAAUAAACGCUUUACAACUUCAAGCAAACGAUGUAUUGCAUGGCCCACUUUUAGUACCAAUGUCUAGUUGUGUGGUCCAAGGGCAAUGGGCUAAUGCUGGAAGAGAUGAUUGGUCCGUGGUAAACUGCCCACGUGAUUAGGAGUGACCAAUCGAAUAAGUGGUCCAGAAAAGAAAAAUACUUGGUCAUCUUUGAUGUGAUAGAGUACUCAUCUUACACAAACUCGUCUCAAUAAAAAACUCAAAACAUG